UCGAGUCUAAUCGCGUGUCGCGCGUUCGAACCCGCCACUGUAAGGGCUUCGGGUCGGAGGGGGGCUGUUACGGUUUUGAGGCGCUACCAGAAUGACGGACAUCAAAAUGGCAGAGUAUUUCUAAGUAUAUCCAGAAUGAAAUCUUCAAGAUGUUAUCGGAGGUUUUGUACUCAUAUGGCUUUAGUUGAUGAUAGAGUGAUUCAUCUGUCAAGUGUUACCACAUCUAAGGGAGUGUUGGCUUAUGAUCUGGUUCAAGGAGGUCUUGUGAGGCAGGCUUCCGCCACUGACAAGUCACCAAAUGAUGUGCCAACUGCUGUUCUUCUGCAUGGAAUUCUGGGUAGCAGGAAGAACUGGGGAUCUUUCGCAAAGAGGCUGGCUCAAGAGUUUCCCUUGUGGCAGUUUCUUUUAGUUGAUUUGCGUUCUCAUGGUGAUUCAGCAUCAAUUAGUAAGCGUGGACCACAUACUGUUGCUGCAGCUGCUCUUGAUGUCCUAAAGCUUGUUGGACAACUCAAAUUAACCCCAAGGGUAUUGGUUGGUCACAGCUUUGGUGGCAAAGUUGCCUUGAGUAUGGUGGAUCAAGCUGCAAAACCUCUUGCACGACCUGUUAGGGUUUGGGUCCUAGAUUCUACACCUGGCAAAGUUCGUCCCGGUGGCAGUGGUGAAGAUCAUCCUGGUGAAUUGAUUGAGUUUCUAAGUAAAUUGCCUAGGGAGAUUUCCUCAAAGCAGGAAGUUUUGAAUUCUCUUGUUCAACAAGGAUUCUCUAUGGAUGUUGCUCGGUGGGUUGUUACAAACCUCCGACCAAGUAACAAUACUGGGUCAUUAUCAUCACGAGGGUUCUCAUGGGUCUUUGACCUUAAGGGUAUUGCAGAGAUGUUCAAGUCCUAUGAAGAAACAAAUCUCUGGAAAAUUGUAGAGAAUGUGCCUAGAGGAGUGCAUGUCAAUUUCUUGAAAGCAGAGAGAAGUUUACAUAGAUGGGCUCUAGAAGAUCUUCAAAGGAUUCACGCUGCAGAGGAGCUGGCAUCAGAUGAGUCAGCUGGUGUUGAAAUGCAUGUGCUUGAAGAUGCUGGACACUGGGUGCAGGCUGACAACCCAGAUGGUCUAUUUAAAUUCCUCUCAAAGUCCUUCCGAUUCAGGCCACAGUUCUAGUGUAUUUAUAUGAAUGAAGUAGAGGCAAUGACUCCCAAGAAAAUUUUGACAGAAGAGACGCUGAUAUUUUUCUGCUCAAAGAUUGAUUAUUUUCCUCCUCUGUAUAGGGAAAACUGCAAGGAUUUCUCAUUCAUUGAUUUUUUUUUUCCAUUGUAUUAGUUGCGGUCCAUUUUUUGUGCCCCCCUCGAGACUCUAUGGUAUUGUUCUAACAUUGAGCUCAUUAAGCAAAUAGAGGAUGUAGAGAGCUGUAAGAGGUACAUCCUCUGCUAUUCAAAGGAUUCAAUUCAUGUGAAGAUGUUACACUGCCCACUUUGUAUCUAAGAAAGCUGUAAAUGCAUUUGCUUUGCGUCAGGUCAGUAU